GGGAUGCGAGGUUGUGUAGAGCUAGCUAACCUCGCAACAAUCAUGAAUGAAGAGGAGGAGGUCUGGUCUCUUGCCAUUGCUCAGUCUUCUCCCCUCAUUCGCUCCUUCUGGAUGGGUCAGUACCUGCAGCUGGUGGAGGGGAGGCAGCCUCACUGUGACAUACCCAGUUUGUCCCAUGGCCGACAAGCCCUGCUGUCGCGCUGAGCAGGCGAGGAGGGCUAUCACCGUGGAGAUGACCUCUCUGUCUCCCAGCAUCCACGAGAUGGUGGUGGGGAGCAUCGCAAGGUUCCACCAGUCUCCUCCUCAAGAUUACGCCGCGUUCCUACUAUCAGACUGCACACUGAACUGGACAGUUGUCACUGCAUUCUUGGAGCAAAGUGUGAGGGUGGGAAACGAUGACUGUGCCGCUGGUGGUAGAAGAUGUGCUGAGCUGGCAUUCCAUGUACACAGACAGCUCGCUAGUAGAGCACUAUACAGUGAACUGGAGAAGAGAGACAGAUUUGCAUGGACACACUCACCUGAGUUGUUUGUUCGUCUUGUGAGGGAGUUGAAAUCGGAGGGUCCACUUCCGACACUUAUCACACUUCUUAUUGGCACAGCUGCACUGGAGAGAGCCCUCGGAGACGUGUAUGUGUCAGUCACUGGGUCCACUCACUGUCCACUGUUGUUGAGGGACUUGCUAGCCACUGAAGAGAUGGAGCAAGCUCUGGGACACACUGCAGUGUUUAUACUGCGUUGUGUGAUUGGCCCCCCCACUGGACUUAACCUGAGGAACAUUGUCUGGCACGGCUUCUUCUCAUACUCUGAGAUACCACCACAAUAUAGUGUGUUCAUCCUGGUGCUGGCUGCUAGUCUCGGUCCCCUCCUCUCAUCCCCUCUCUCCUUCAGACCUCACCUAACUCUCACACAGGACACACCACUGGCACUGGUCUUUCAAGAGCUUGGACCAGGGGACUGUGUUUUGCUGGAGGGGGUGGUCUCUCACUCGUUCUUUGUCCUGCCCACCAUGCUGCCAGUGUGGAGGAGUGCCCUGGAGGCAUUCACUGGAGGAAGGUACGCUGAGUGCCUUGUGCUCCUCCUUCCUUCUCUAGAGCAUGGACUAAGGAGAGUGUUUGCUGCCAGCAAUGGCUGCCCACACAGAGCUCUCACAGCCGAGUCUACAACUCUCUACACUACAUUUGAUGAGAUGUUGAGUCCGUUAUUGCCUUCUGGAGAAGCUAACAAAUUGAUCUCUGAGAUCGGAGCUAACAAGAUGGAGAUGUUGUUGGAUGUGUUGGUGUAUUCUGAGGGUCCAAGGGUCAGAGAUAGGAUCAGUCAUGGAGAGGUGGAAUUUGGACGCCUGUCGAGAGUGUUAGCCAAUCACAUGCUAUGUCUGGCCAUGCUAUUUGCUGCUCAGUAUUGCCUCAACAAAGAUCUCCUCAGACAGAGUCCACUGGUUCGGUCGUUGCUCUCUAUCGAGGCUGGCUAUGUGUCAAUCUUCCAUCCUCUCUCCAUGCUCAAACAAGAGCUUCUCCAGUUGCUUUCAACCAUGAAUGACUGGGAAAACAUUCCGAAACCUGAAGAGUUUGCUAACCUUGUCGCCCCUCACUCUAGUACUUCCCUGCUAACAGCUCUAAGUCAUGUGAGGAUUGAUGGACCAUCUGACGACUGGUGUGGAAGUGUGGGUGGUGUGAGGGAUGUGAUAGAGUGUGUGUGGGGGCGUAGGCUGUGCACACUGUAUAUGGAGCGGAGGGACCUGGAACUGGUGGGCGUAGCACGGAGGACAUUGGAGAACACUCAACAAGCAGUCUCUCAGAUACAGGAACUAGCAGCUCUGAGGUAUUCCCAAUACAUAGGCAAACAGCUGAGGUCUAGACAGCGUCCAAACUAUCAGCACCUUGUCUCAAGUCUGCCGCAGUAUUGUGGCUCAGUCUUGUUACUCAUGAUACUGUCACUGGCUUGUCUGUCUCACUUACCACUGGACAGUGAUCAUGAACCAGUCAGAAUCAUCAAGUACCACAAGAAACUGCUUCAGUUUAGUGAGAACGCCCACUCUCAGUCGUCGAGGAAUCGCUGGGAGGAGGUGGACAAACUGUGUGCUUCUCUAGCACAACUAACACUAGCCUUCCCAAAAUAAUUUAUAUCGAUAAUAACAG